AUGCGUUUCAACGAGGACCCCUUUGAGCAGCGCUACGAAAUUGCGGAAGAGCUCGGCAAAGUUUCGGGCGGUGAAUUAUUCGACCAUGUGUCAGCCAAAGAGUGCCUUGACGAAGCCGAAGCAUCUGCUUUUAUCCAACAAAUCUUGCUCGGCGUCAAACAUCUGCAUGAUAAUCAUGUCGUACAUCUGGAUAUCAAGCCAGAAAAUGUGAUGCUCAGGAAGAGAGGCGAGUCGAAAAUUAAACUUAUCGAUUUCGGUCUUUCAAGAAGAAUUCUCCCGGGUACUGUUGUUAAAGAUAUGAUAGGCACACCUGAAUUUGUUGCUCCUGAAGUUGUUAAUUAUGAGCCUUUAUCACCAGCUACUGAUAUGUGGGCUUUGGGCGUUGUCACCUACAUACUGUAA